AUGUCAGGUAGUGUGUUCAGCCAGACGCUACAGACGAUCACUACUACCAAACUCGAAGAGCUCGCUCAACAGCGUAUUGCCUUUGACAAGGAUUAUGCGGCACUCAUUGUUGCUGCGAAAGCAGAGCAAGAUCCACUCAAACGCCUCAUAUCUUUAGCAGAUGCGACGAAGUCGUGUCUCGGCAUCAAGACUAGCAAUUGUAAGAGCAAGGAUGGUCGGCCUGGUCGCAUCAUCACCGGUGGAACACGGAACUCCCGCCUUGAGACGGAUCUGAAGAAUCUCGAUCGCUUUGUCGAACAGGCCAAAUUUGACCCUUCCGUAUCAGUAAAGGUGCUGGAAAACUGGGAGAAGACCUUAUUCCAGUACCUUUCUAUCCAGGCUAGCAAGUUUCAGUAUGCAGACCUCUACGGCAAGCUGGUGACAGAGUGGCUUUCGUCCGAGAAGCCAUCACAGAGCGACGGCGAUGUCGAAAUGAAGGAGAGCUUCGAAGAGCUACCUGGCGCCAAGAAGCUAGCUGCUCGAUCACAGUGGGAGAGGAGCGUCUUCGAGCCAGCUGUUGUCGAUGUCGACGCACUGAAGGCCUACCUUCAACAGCUCUUCAUUACGGACAAAAAGGCAGCCGCAUCUGUCAUCGAGGAGUUGCGCAACAAAGUCGAAGACUUUGAGAACGACCUUGCUAGUCCUGGCCAGUUCAACGCUUCGGACCUUUUGCCCAACGAGAAGCGGGAAGUACUGAAGGACUUCCUGAGUAACGACGUCAUCUUAAUAGAGGUUGGAGAUGUGCUUUCCAUGCGCUUGUCAGCCCUUGAUCGCUGGACAUGGGGCGAUCACGUCCCGUUGGAGCAGCGACGCAAGCUGAACGGAUCUUACAGCAUUCAUAUGCACGAAGAUGUACUGCAAGCCAUUUUCCUUCACUAUAUUGGUGUGAAGUGGUCGGUGUUCUUCAGAAACGCUUUUCUGAGCAUACGCAACGAUAAUGCUUGGAAGGGCAGCAAAACCGACGUCACAAAGAAAGACAUUGUACGCCGUCAGUACUUUAUGGGUCCGACCUGGACUUCGACGCAUAAGACUCUCGAAGGCACACGUGACGCAACUCAAAAGAACCGCUACUUUGUACAUCAGCUUUUGGACUUCGAAACUCAAGCUGUCGAAGUCAAUGAAGGCGAAGAAGAAGCAGAGUAUGGCGAUCAUGUGAACUAUCCGCCAGACGCCAAGCGACAAAAGCGAACCGUCCAGCGAUCUCUUCAGUCGGCAAGGAAACAGACGGCUAAUUAUAUGAAUCUUACGCAGUCUACAAGAGCCGAGUUAGCGGCCGCAGGGCUUUCUGGACGUCUCCAACAGCCCGCUGAACCAGAUGACAGUGACGAUGGGGAUACGGGCUUUGGACUUUUCGACGACAACUCAACCCCACCCCCUCGUGGACCAAAGAAACCGAUUGAGGCUAAGCAAGAUCUCCUUCAUCUGUUGUCGACGGAAAUCAUCCUCAAUACUCGUCUCCAUGGUGAGCUUAGCUGCUUCCGCACCGUUUUUGAGUCUUGGAACCCGCUUCUGCCGCACCAGACUGUUCGUCAGGUCCUUGAAUUCUUCGGCGUCUCUGACAAAUGGCGCUCCUUCUUCACCAAAUUCUUAGAGGCGCCACUCAAGUUCAUGGACGACGGACCAACCGCCGAGACGCGUUUGCGCCGUCGUGGUGCCCCUGGCUCGCAUACCUUGAGCGAAGUGUUGGGCGAGUGUGUGUUAUUCUGCCUGGACUUCUCCAUCAACCAAGCCACCGAUGGCGCUCUCAGUCACCGUCUGUACGACGACAUCUGGUUCUGGAAUAGGGACUACGACAAGUGGCGUCAAGCGUCCGCGUCGCACACGAGCAAGACCCUCACCAUCGACGAGCGUCUCCCCGAAGACCAGAUCCGCUGGGGUUUCCUCUAUCUCGACCCGAGCACGGGACGCUUCGAAAUCGACCAGAAAAUGGUCGACAGCCACGUCGAAGAACUACGUACCCAACUCCAAGGCAAAUCCAAGAGCGUCAUCGACUGGAUCCAGACCUGGAAUUCCUACGCCGCCACCCUUCUUCAGCUCCAAUCUUUGGCAAGCACCAGCCAACUGCUUUGGCCGCGAGCACGUGGACAAAAUGCUCGCCACGCACCGCCAUAUCCAGGAAUCUGUCUUCUCUGCAUCUCAAAACACAUGAUCUCCUCGCGCUUCGAUGUGCACGACAUACCCGACGGCUUCCUCUUCUUCCCCGUCGAACUCGGCGGCCUGGAUCUCAAAUCCCCCUUUGUCAACCUCCUGCAGCUGCGCGACAGCGUCAGGGAAAAUCCGCACGACCUGCUCGACGAGUUCCUCGAGAAGGAGGCGGAUGACUAUGUCGCGCUCAAGUCGCUCUUCGACAAAGGCAGGGUUAAGCACGAAGUCGACCGCGAGGACAUGUCUCUGCUCCCAACGGAUACAGAAACCUUCAUCUCCCAGUCUGAGUUCGCGCGCUGGCGAGAGGCGUUUGCGUCGACUGGCCAGGCAAACAUUCGCGAUACGUUCGCUGAGCUCCUGCAUCGGCCGGCUGAGCAACAUGUGGAUAUCUCGGUGCAGGUGUCGCAGGCGAUUAGCCAGCUGCAGGGCCAGGGAAAUCUACGCGGCAUUACUGCAAGGUGGAGCGGGAUGGAUGCGUAUUGGAAAUGGAUUGCGCAGAUGUAUGGGGGCGAGAUGGUGGAGCGAUUUGGGGGGUUGAAUGUGGUUGAUCCGGGGCUGUUGCCGAUUGGGAUGGUAGGUUUUUUUAGGGCAAGGAGGACGAAGUGGCAGGGUUAG